GAGUGAACGAGAUCAUAGAAAAUUGGAAAGAUUUUAAGGGAUUCGAGUUUGGCGGAUGAUGAAAAUGUCGCACGUAGCAAUUCCACCAUGCUUGUUCUUCCUCGUUGUCUUCUUUCUUGUCGGCACCUAUUGUCAACAAGAAACUUCUCAGGCACGAUACAAGUUCUCACAACUCAUACCGACGAACUCGGUGUAUGAACAUCGAGAAAGUGAUGUACCUUUGGAAUGGGGCAAAAAAAAUGAUACAUCAUUGUUACUUCGUUCGCUCGAGGAAAAUAACGUCAUGGAUAUGUCACGAUUGAAUUCAAAGGAAAAUACAGAAGAAAUAGAAGAAGAGGGAGAAGAAGAGGUAGAAGAAGACGAUGGCGUAGCUGAUGAGUGUGAUUACGAAAUCAAUGCUAAAUCGGGAAUUCCUUCUGAUUAUAUUAAAGAGCAAUCGAAAUGCAAGCGACCGAUACACGAACAUAAUCCACUUUCAAAUGUCGAUGGUCUUCAUAAUGCUAGGAAUCGCGAAUACGACGAAGAUCAUUCGACGAAUCAGUACGAUUCGUAUUAUUAUUACGAGGAUUAUGAUAACAAUAAUCGAUCGCAAUACAAAACCGUAGACGCAGAAACCGUCGAUUAUGCGGACUUUGAAACACACGACGCAACUACCGAAAGAUCGGCAGAAUUAAAUAAUCACGAAGAUCAUCCUUUCAUCGACGAAAGACUUUUAAACGAGGACAACGAAGAGGAUGAUUCGAUCUCUACAACGAAUACAGAUGCUAAAGAAGUGACUUCGAUGGAGGGUAGCAACAAAAACUUUGCCUUUAUGAAUCCACCAAAACUGUCACCGUCAUCGGACGAUCCUGACGAGUUAGAAAGUUCGAUCUUGAUCGGUGAAGCUAUUGUAUCUGUAGUGACAACAAAAAGUGUCGUCAAUGGAACGAUUUCUAUUCCAACGAGCACACCAACGCCAAUGACUACUGAACAAGUAGCACCACCACCGUCAUUGACCAAAGAAAAAUCUAUCGAUGAUCGAAUAUUAGAAAGUACUACGACUGAGGAUUCCAGAGUAUUGGCUUUUGUACAAACUAGUCGUAGCAUAAAUGGUGCACGUUUUCUACCAUUUCCGGUGGUAGAUCGAGUCGUACGAAUAAACAACGAUGCUGCGGCCAUGACCUCAAUAAAAAAGACAUUUCCACCUCCAGAAUCAACGGAAAGCAUCAUCGAUAAACUUGAUAGAGUGCAAUCUGAAUUAUCAAGUGGUUUCCUUGUCGGUGGCUUCAGAACAGCUGGUAAUACAUUGCAGUUGGAUGUUUUAAAUGAUAGAGAUCGUACAACUCGUCGUAAAUAUGUUACAUCUACGAGCGGUAGUAGUACUACUACUAGCAAAACUCCUAUUAUUAGUAAAUUUGUACCUAGAAGGUACAAUGACAAGAGGUUUGAUCGUACGAAUGUUAACAACUCUUCUGAAGGGUUCUUACAUGAUUCUGAUUCCAAUGGGAUGACUACUAAUACGCCACGAGCGAAGAUAGCGUUCAAAUGGCCUUCUGGAAAAACUACAACGCCAUUAAACUCCGAUGAAACAAAGUCUACGACUCAGGCCAGCACAGCUGCUACUAAAAAGACCAAUACACAAAUCAUCUUCCAAGAUGUCAAAUCUUUCCUACCACCUGGUUUUAAAUUAUCAAAAGAAGAUCGACAGGAAAUAACAGAACGUAGUGCUUUGAGCGAUAUUUUAGCAAAAUCAAAGGUUGAUGUCUCUAAACUUUUGCCGGCUGAUUAUAACAAAAAAAAGAACAGCGAAAUAAUACCUGCUAGUGUUGAUUCAUCGAACUUUACUACAGAAAAAAUUUCCAUUCAAAAUCUUUUUGCCAAUUCGAAGUUUGACGUAACUGCAUUGUUACCUCGUGAUUAUACAGAAAAAGCGACGAAUUCGUCAGAAUCAAAGAAUAAUGAAUCGAGUGAUGCUAAUAAUAAUAAUAAUUCCACUUUAACGGGCACUGAACCGACUACAGCUAAAGCUAGUGGUUUGAAAAUUGUAUUUCCUAGCAGACCAGGUGGACGGAAACUUGGUCAUAAAAUUACAACUCCUCAGAGUCAUCGAAUCGAUGGACUUCCUGCAAUUACUCCACGUAUACAAAAAGGAUGGCCAACUAGAGCUACCACCGAGUUUACUGGCUGGCCAACUCCAUCUACUACUCCAAUCUCAAUUGAAAAACUCUUGGAAGUCGCAAGAACUGCAACAGAUAUUUCUGUGAACAUGUCGGUCGUCGAAACUACAAGUGCUGUUUCAAUAACAUCUACGACAACUACGACAACGACUACACCAAGAUCAACGACUAUUGGAAUAUGCGAGGAAGAGUGUGAAGUUGCUGGUACUAUACGAAUAAUUGGUAAUACUAUUUGGGUGCCAGAAUUACUCGAUCGUAAUACUCAAGAAUGGCAGCAACUUGCAAACGAGAUUGAAAGAGAUAUGAAUUUCGUUUUUUCAAAGUCUACCGUUUUAAUGAAUUGGUACAAAAAAAUAAGAAUCGAUUCGUUCAGCCAAGGUAGUAUUCUAGUAGACUUUUUCAUUGAACUCGUGAACUUACCGCAAAGAAUCAACACGCAAGAAUUGAAAGUAAUAUUUCACGAUUCUUUGAGAACGUAUAAUUCGAGUCGUUGGAAUGAGACGAAGGGUAAAGGAGACAUGAAGUUAGGCGUAUUUACGAUAGAUCCCAAAUCUACUGAUUUUGUAGUGAUACCCAAGGUUCCUUCCUCCAACAUAAUUGAAAACGAAGAUAGAUUAAUACCUCAGUGGGCAGUUGUUAUGAUAGUCAUCGGUAUUGGAGGAUUAUUAUUCAUUAUUGUAUUCGGUGUUUCCGUACUGGUCAAUCGUCAAAAUGGUUCAAAGUUGAAACCCUCUGUAUCUACUAUUUACGAAGAUGGAAUUGGAAAAAAUAUACUGGGAAAUUCACAUGCAACCUCGUUGAACAGAUCUAAUGAUUAUCCGAAGCAAAUACAUACAAUAUGGACUGAUCCAGAUGUCUCAUGGAACGAUAAAUCAUUUGAAUCGACAUCUAAUAAGGUAUUAGUAGACAGAUCAUUUCAAGAAGGUAAAAAAUAUAACCUCCACGAUAGUUGGCGAUCUGAAUGGAACGGGUAUUAUUCUAAUCCAUCACACGGAAAUAAUAAAUACGGCGGCUAUCAUCAUCAUCAUCAUCAACAUCCAGAUUAUGAUACGAAUUUUUAAAAUUGAUAACAAUAAACUGUUAUCUUUGUAAUUUAUAAGUUAAUUUAUUCGUGUAGGUAUUUACUUCAGACGAUCAUUGCCUCUUAAGUAGGUGUAAUGGAUAUGAUGCAGUACCCAUUAAUAAGAAAAAGGAUUACGAAUUUGUAUAGGAAGGACAUAAAAUUAUUAACAUUAUUUAUAAAAAAUUAAAAACAUUUUUUUUUUUCUUUUGAUACGUACUGCAAUUAUUAUCAUCGAAAAAUAAACUUAAAAUAUAAAAAAUUUGAUUUUUCUACUCUAGUCAAAAUAAUAAAUUAUUUUAAUUUGUAAUUAUUAAAAUAAUUUGAAAAGAGGAACGCUUACUUUAAAAUAGAUAAAAUUGUAAAACAAAAAAUAACAUAUUUCUUAUUUUCUAUUGAAUAGACGAUACUACUUACGAAAGACAUAAUCCUGAAUACGUACGAAAUAAUAAAGCAUCAGAAGAGAGUAAUGAGAGUAAAGAUAAGGAACAUCAUUUAUUUUGGCAAUAAUCUAUCUGGCCACGUUAGAUUCAUGAAUAUUGAGCUCUUUGUUUCUUUUCGAAUUUCUAUCUGACGUCUAAGUAAGCAUAAGAGCUUUUGAUACAAAAACGAUCGCCUAGAUAACAUAAAGAAUUAUAAAGUACUUUCAUCUUUCAUAAAACAAAAUAAAAAUAUUAUCGAAAAAUCUGCGAGAAAAUUACCUAUUAGCAGGCUUACAGAUUGUUAAAUGAUCCUGUGGAAUUUCAAAAAAUUCACCUACACCAGGAUCUGUGAAUGAAUAACCUUAUGAAUAAUCUUGUUAUACAAGAAAUAAAAAAGAAAUAUUUUCUUAAUAAUCAUCUAAAAAACUUCACCUGCUGAAUUAGGAGUGACGAAUUGGAAUGGAAAUUUUAAAGCAGUUACCAGGGUAGAUUUUGUUUCACUGAAACUCACGAUAUUUAUAGGAUAAUUGUUUAACAUCUCAAUAAAAUCUUUGUGCAAUCCAAGAAGAUGCGGUGACUCUGUGGAAUAUAAAUAUAACGUAUAAAAAUAGUUAUGCUUUCUUAUAAAUAUUUAUAUUGUUUUUAAAAUAGUAAUUCACCUUCUCGUAAUUCCUGCACCUCUAUUGAUGGCCAUAUAAGCAUUUGUGUUGCUUGCGUUAAUGCAGCUAUAUGCGAACCACGAUGUGGAGUACUAUAAAAUACUAUUCCGCGUGUAUUUUUGCAUAUGUUAUUCUUAUCCCCACUUUUCCAUUCUAUACAAAGUUAUUGAUGUAUUGUACCGAUAUAUGAAAGCAGCGAAAUAUUUACUUAUUUAUUAUCGAUCUUCUUUAAUUACUGACCUUCGACGAGCAUUUUUUUAACUAAUAAACCACCCAUAGAAUGACAAA